GUGAUGUGAUGUUUGAAGUCGAGGUUGAAGCUUUCCGUUCCGGGCGUAAGCGACCGCUUUGAGUGGCCUGACUGGUUGGUUUGCUCCCGGUUGCUUCCCUGACGUCGCGACUUAGAUUGUUUGGGGUUUUAAUCUAUGGGGUUGACGUUUAAGGUAUCUUUUGGAGAUUGGGAUGUUUUGAUUAUGAUUACUUUAUUUUCCUUUUUACAUCUUAAGAUAUGAGGCGAGAGUUGUUUCUGAUCUGAAUUGAAUUGAAUUUCAUAUUGCCCCAGGCAUCUAUAGCGUUCUGCCUCAGGCAUGAAAAAUAUAUUUAACCCACGUGACGGGCGAGCAGACUUGCUGUUUGUCUCCGUCACUUCGGCCCUUCUCCACGACAUCAACAUAAUUCGCCAUGCUCCCCUCCGAGCCCAAGGUCAAACGUUCUUCGUCGUCGCUGCUGGAGCAGCCUAAUAUCCCCAAUCACAAGCGCAUAAAGCGCCCCUACCACCACCACCAUCGCUUGCAGGCGCCCGUUAACCCUGCGCUACCGGAGCCCGCCAUCACCGAUGACGCUUACGUCGACCACCUAAUGAACCGGUCUAUCGGGCAGGUUCUACGAGAUUCGGGUUUUGAUUUGGCCGAUCCAGCGGCGCUAGAGAGUUUUCGCAAUGCGGCGGAGGAGUAUCUGCUGAGGUUCGCGUCAUAUGUGCGCCAGUCGAUGCUGUCGUCCCGGCGCACCCAACCUGUCCCCCAUGAUUUCGAACACGCUUUGAAGAAACAUCGUGUGCGCGUAGACGAUCUCCUUCCCCAUGUGAAAACUCUACCGACUGCUGAGCCCGUUCUUACGACCUUGCCGAGCCCUCCGCUGGAAGAUGACGAUCCCUUCAAGACUCUGCCAUCCCUGGGCCCGCAACUGAGUGGCGAGGAUGACCGUGCCAGGAGCGCGUACAUCCCGCAGCAUUUCCCUGACUUCCCCAGUAAACAUACCUACCGACAUACCCCGGUAUUCACGGAGCGCGAGCAGGACCCGCGGAAGAUCCGGGAGCGUGCAACGGAGGAUGGACGGCAUGGCGAGGAGGCUUUGCGCAAGCUUGCACGUGCGGCGUUUAAGGAUAACCAGCUUGGUUCGUCGGGUCGGGAUAAGAAGCCGUGGGGUCGGAGGACGGAGACUAUGGAUAGUAUGUUUGAGAAGACGAUUAAAGGAAUUGCGAAGAAGAUGCAGAAAAACACGACGGUUUCGGGUGCUGCCGCUUCUAUGGAGGUUGACUCGGGCACUGCCGAUCAACCAUCGCGGAACAAGGUGUCGCUGAGCAUAGAGCUGCCGCCCAUCAUCAAUUGUGAGAGAGACCUCUGGCGUCGGACGACGACUGGAAAUCGCAGACCAGAAGAACGAUCUUCGGGUAACAAAGAAGCUCCGGAUAUUUCGCGGGUGGACAGCUGGGUGAGCACAUGAGCGAUGGAGGACGAAUAAAUCGGAAAUGGCGUCGGGCGUUUGACUUUUGUAUUAUAGUCGUAUUCGAGAAGAUACCCAUGGAGCAGUAUUUAAUAAGUAUUGAGCAGUCUAAGUCGAGAUGAGAACCAGUAGCACGAACGCCAACCCAACUCCGUAGCGAUGCAUGUCCGGCAGAUCCAUCAUUUGUCUUCCACUUUCGAGCUGCUCUUGACAGCCUUGCGCUUCGCCUCCUCCUCUAGACGGAUGGGCUCCCACGCUGUCGUCUCGAUCGUCAACCCGUUGCCAUACCGUCUGAACAGUCGCACCACCGGCUUGCAGACCACCACUCCGGGGGCAGGAAUCCCAUCCUGUGGCGGAUUACACGAGUAUUGCACCAUUUCGAGUAGCUUGCACUUCUCCAGCUCGACGGGACCGCCCUUGCGACGUCGCUCUUGGAAGUUUUUGCGCACGAUGCUGACGUGGUCGGGGAGGGCUUCGGCGGAGAAGAUGGGGACCAGGGGGGCCAUUGUUGAAUGAUUUCUUUUAUACUGGUGGGGGUUUGAAUGUUAUUGAAUCAGCGAGAGGAAUUGUUGUUUGUGAUUUUGCCGCGUGGGAGGAG